CUGCGGAGGGGAAACUGCCUUCACACCCAUCCCCCCAUGUCCUUACCCAUCCCUUCCACACACAGCCAACAGUUUACCCUUUUACCUGUGAGCUGAUGCAGAAUGUUAUUCGGAGUUAGGAAUAAUCUAGAUUACCCAGUCCAAUGCCCUAACAGAUCAGGAAAAUUAUUUAUCCAAGGCUUCUGAAUUAAAUGGCAGAAACAAAAUUGAAUUCAGGUCUCCUAAACUCAACUCUGUGUGGGUUGCGGAGUUCUGGGUGAGGGAACGGGGGCAUGGUGGUUCUUGUUAAAAUAUUCGUUCAACAUACACAGAGAGCAUUUACUUACUACGUGCCAGGCACUAUUUUCGGUGCUGGGGACUCCGCGGUUGAGGGCGCGGAGACACAAAAUCUCUGCCCUUAUGACGCUUUCGUUCUCAAAACUUAAGUACUUUGCCCCACCAUCCUGCAGAAACUCCCAGUGCCGUAGGAACGGUUGGGGCUCAUCUCAGACGGGAGGGAAUCCCACCCUUUCUUAGCUUCUGUGCUAACCACGCGGCGAGGGCCGAUUCACUGCAGGAGCCGGAGGGAAAGGCGACAGACACCCUGCGUAGUGCCCUCCCCACCCUCUGCACCGCCGGGGCGCCGCGGCGCCCCAGUUCCAGUCUGGGACCAGCGUCGGCCUCUCCACCCUCUCUGCUCUCCUGCGGACGGCUGGAGGACACAGAAGCAGGACCCGGCUCUGGCGCCGUCCCCUGAGAAAGGAUUGCGGGUGGGUGAAAAUCCUUCCAAGGCGGUCGCGCUCAGGGUCUAGCACCCAGACGGGGGGAGGGACGAUGUCUCCCCGACCUGGGGUUUCAUGCAGCAAACUGCUCUCUCAUGCUGCCCGAUUAAACAUCGCAGCCACACGCUCUCUCCACUCAGCGGAGGCCACUGCGGCGUCCCCUCCCCUCCUGCCCCACCCGCCCGUUCCGACUCCCGAGCCCCACUGCAGCUUCGCAACCAUCCUUCCUUUUCUUCCCUACUUCCUGGUUGCCAUGGAGACACACGUCAUUUACGUGCCGUGCGUCGCCUUGGAAACAGGGGAGCAUCCGCGGCGAGGCCGGGAGACCCGCCCCUGCCACUCCAAGCACACUCGCGGGCGCUGCCCGUUAAUGGCCGGGGGUAUUCCCGAGCGGUACCCGCUGCUGGCCUCCGCCCGGGCCCCUCCGCGAGCGCUUCUGUGACCCAGAGAACCCGCGGGUCCUCGCAGCUCGUGGCGCCGGGAGAGCGGCGCUGACACGGGCGCAGUUCGGGAGGCGAGGCAGGUCUGGGCGCUUUCGCCCCGGGGCAAGCCGGAGAGUCGCCGGCCCGGGACUCUCGCCGGGUCCUCGUCCCGCCGGCGCUUUCCGGCCUCCCCCGAUCCUGCCCGCGCCCUCCGCCCGGGACUCGUCUCCUCACGUCGGCUCCCCGCCCUCUCGGGAGCCUCCUCUGCCCUCGGUUCCUCCCCGCCCCUCCGGGGACCUCUCCCCCUUCCCCGUCCCUCUCCCCCACCUCACCCCCCAACCCCGGAGGCCGGGCUGGACCGGACCCAGAGCCGCCACCGCCCGCUUCUGCCAUUCAAUGGAGGACGGUCUGCUGGAGAUCAUGACCAAGGACGGCGGCGACAUGCCGGCACCUCUGGAGGUGUCCACCGUGCCGGCCGUGGGGGACGUGAUCUCCGGGGAGUACAACGGCGGCAUGAAGGAACUGAUGGAGCACCUGAAGGCCCAGCUGCAGGCCCUGUUUGAGGACGUGAGGGCCAUGCGGGGGGCCCUGGACGAGCAGGCCUCGCACAUCCAGGUGCUCUCGGACGACGUGUGCGCCAACCAGCGGGCCAUCGUCUCCAUGUGCCAGAUUAUGACCACGGCGCCCCGCCAGGGCGGUCUGGGCGUGGUCGGCGGCAAGGGGAGCUUCCCGGGUGCCCGCCAAGAGCCGGAGACCCCUUCGCCUGGGAUCGGGGACAGCGGUUUGCUGGGUCGCGAUCCCGAGGACGAGGACGACGAUGAAGAAGAAGAGAAGGAGAUGCCCAGUUCCGCCACACCCACUAGUCACUGUGAGCGCCCCGAGAGCCCCUGUGCUGGUCUCCUUGGGGGGGACGGGCCACUUGUGGAGCCCCUCGAUCUGCCCGACAUUACCCUGCUGCAGCUGGAGGGCGAGGCCUCUCUGUGAGGGGACUCCGAGGGGGCACUACUUUCCCGGGCUGGCUUUGGGUUUCCGAGUGCAUGACGCGAGGGGACUGAACGGUGCGGUGCAGCAUGCUUCACUCCGACCGCUGCUCAUGUGGGUCAGGCAGAGAGACUCCCUCGAGGAAGGAUUUAUAGGGUGAAGGACUUUGGGAGCGUCAAGAAUCCCUUCUGCCCAACCGAGGGAGACGUAGCAAACUGCGGAAAGGUGAGGUUCCGGGAGAGGAAGCGCCCAUCUCUGGACUCCCUUCCACCCCCUACCCUGCCCAUUCCCCCUCCCCGGCCAACAGGAGAACCCCUGAAUUGUGUAAAUAAAAUUCUGCUUUUUCUAUUCUGAAAAAGGACUUAUCUAGGACUAUGGCAAAUAAUCUCUUAACGAUUUACCUAGAAACUAAGGAAUUGGGGGUAUUCUGUUCUGGCAACAGAAAAUUUACCCUUCUGCUGAAAUCCAAGAUAUUCAGCGCUCUGCAGAAGCCUCUCCCCCUCACAGAUCUCUGCGGCUGCUGAUUGGUAAAGGAAGCUUGAGGAGGGAACUGCAGCCCUAGGAAUCUAAGUGAAUGGGGUUCCAAGGGCCCCUGGGCUGGGAGGAGCUGGCUAUGAAUGUGCAUGAAGACAUAAUAGCUCAACCUCUAGGAUUUUUGCAUGCAGAGCGGAUCCUGCCUUGUCACUGACUUCAUCUGGGAUUGCUUUAUCCACUCACUGGGGCUUAGAGAACAAAGAGCCCAGUACACAGGCAGAGACUUGGGGGUGCUCAGCAGCAGCCCAGAUUUAGGGGACGUUUGAGGGACUCUUGGAGGCUGCAGCCAAAAACUGUCUCUCUCCUGGCUACACCUGCUUAACUUCAGUUCCUUUUCCUGUCAAUUUGUCCCUGCCCGCUGCCUCUCGGUGUUGCCUCCAUAAUGUCUUGUGUGUGUUACGUAUGUCGACUUGUGCAGUAGUGUGUGAGCCCUGAGGGGCAGGGCUUGUGGCUCUGGUGUUAGGUUCAGGGGGCUUCAGACCCUUCUGUGAGCCCCAGGCUAUCAUGGCGCUUUCCCCUCUCCUUUCCUCUUUUCCCUCACAACCAGGGCAUGGAGCAUGUGGCUGUCCUGAGGUUCUUAACUGAUGUGCCUCCCUUCCACCUCCUGGAGUAGUGACUUUGUGUGCCCUUUCUCCUCCACUGUGUAUUCCUUCUCAAUGCUUUCCUUGGUGUUAACCUUAAUAAAGAGGCGUCAUCUCCCCUC